ACACCGUCCCUUCCCACGCGACCAACAACACAGAAACGUGUGUUUUUGGGUACGUCGUGUGUUUUUCACAAAACAAACAAUAUUCGAGUAAAACAAUUGUAUUCAACAGUUGUCAGCAUCUAAUAAAUAGCUGCUCUAACAGACCGCCACAAUGAGACGUCCCAAGAAGUACGAGUCCGGCGAGGCCACACAGUACAUUAGCCGGCGUGCGGCGCUGCGCAAGCUGCAGUUAUCGCUGAACGACUUUCGGCGCCUGUGCAUCCUGAAGGGCGUCUAUCCACGCGAGCCCAAGCACAGAAGACGCGCCCAGAAGGGUUCGUCGGAGAUCAAGAUCCUUUAUCAUACCAAGGACAUACGCUUUCUGCUGCACGAGCCCAUCGUGUGGACGCUGCGUGACUAUAAGAUCUUUGCCAAGAAAUCGGGUCGCGAUCGCGCCAUCAAGGAUUUUCGCAAUCUGAAACGUCGCCUGGCCUUGUUCCCCGAGAUCAAGCUCGAUCAUAUUGUUAAGGAGCGCUAUCCGACGUUCAUUGAUGCGCUCAAGGAUCUGGACGAUUGCCUCACACUGCUCUUUCUGUUCAGCACAUUUCCCUCACUGCAUCUGAUUCCGCGCGAGCAGUCGAAUCUGUGUCGCCGCCUGACCAUUGAAUUCCUGCAUUAUGUGAUUGCCUCGAAGUCGCUGCGCAAAGUGUUCAUCUCGAUAAAGGGAUACUAUUUCCAGGCGGAGAUCAAGGGCCAGAAGAUCAAUUGGAUUGUGCCACAUUAUUAUCCGUUUAAGCCGCAGUCGAGACAGGAGGUUGACUUCAAGGUCAUGUCGAUAUUUGUGGAGUUCUAUACAAUCAUGUUGGGCUUCACCAAUUUCCGUUUAUAUCAUGGCCUCAAUCUGGCCUAUCCGCCACAGUUUCCCAGCGGUGUGCUGCAGGACAACGAUGAAACGCUCAAGGACGAGUCCAGCUUUGUCUCGGAGCGCAUUGCUGCCCUCAACUUUGAGCUGCUGCGCACCGACAAGCUGCAGGAGGAUGAGGAGGAACCCGACAUCGAUAUGGAGCUGCUCGAACAGGAUGGCGACUCCAAGCGCAUCAUCAAAAUGAAACAGGAUGCCCAGGAGAUAACCCGACUCCGCACCCUCUUUAAAGGCCUCAAGUUUUUCAUCAAUCGCGAGGUGCCGCGCGAGCCACUCGUCAUCAUUAUACGCUCCUUUGGCGGCAAAGUGUCCUGGGAUUCGACAGUCUUCUCGGGCUCGACGUACGACGAGGGCGAUGAGAGCAUUACGCACCAGAUUGUGGACAGACCCAGCCUGGCAACACAAUACAUCUCUCGCGACUACAUACAGCCGCAGUGGAUCUUCGAUUGUGUCAAUCAGCGCCAGCUGCUGCCCACCAAUCAAUACUUCAUCGGCGAGAAGUUGCCGCCACAUCUGUCGCCGUUCGUUGACGCCAAGCGGGAUACUUAUAUACCGCCCGAGGAGAGAGCGCUCCAUGAUCCCUCCCUGAUCGAGACGCAUGCUCAAAGCGAUGAUGAGUCUGAAGAAGAGACUGCGGCGCAGGAGGAGGAGGAGGAUGCCGUGGAGCAGGAGCUGCUCGAUGCGCAACUGCAGCGCGCCUAUCAGGAGGAGACGGCCGAAUACAAGAAGUAUGGCGGUGCCGAUGGCGUCAACGAAGAUGAAGAAGACUCUGACGAUGAGCAGUUGUAUGAAGACGAGGACGAAAGCGAUGACGAUGAGGAAGAAGAGCUCGAUGAAAAGGCACAGCGACUGCUCGAGGAGAAGCAAAAAAUGUCCGUGCAGUCGGGCAAGGUGCACAAGGUGAACAAGCGGCAGGUGCACAAGGCGGAGGUCGAUGAGCAUCGGCUGCAGGCGCGCAUGGUUAAGCCGCGUCAUCGCAAUCUCUUCCGCAAGCUGAUACGCGAGAAACAGAGCAAGGAGAAGGAGGAGUGGCUGCUGCGCAAGAAGCGACGCAACAUCGACACCGAUGCCAAAGAGCAGAAAAAGACGGCCAAGCGGGAUGCGCGCAAGGCGGCUGCCGCCGCUGCUGCGGCUGCUGCUCAGUUGGGCGCCAAGUGAACGCCGAUAUCGCUUAUCCUGUGUCUUGAUCUUAGGCUUAGUUUGUACACAAAAACAAUAAAAGAAAACGAAAAGAAAGAG